AUGGCCAGCCUCCUCGCCGUCGUCUUCUCCUGCGUCCUCCUCGCCGCCUCGGUGUCAUCGCUGCCGCCGUCGGUGUUCAACGUCGGCGACGAGCGGGGGUGGACGGUGCCGUCGGGCAACGGCACCGAGACGUACAACCACUGGGCCAAGAGGAACCGCUUCCAAGUGGGCGACGUCCUGGAUUUCAAGUACGCCAACGACUCGGUGCUGCUGGUGAACCACGACGACUACAAGCAGUGCAGCACGGAUAGCCCGCUGAGCCGGUUCACGGACGGCGACACCAAGUUCACGUUCGACCGCUACGGUCUCUUCUACUUCGUCAGCGGCGUCCCGGGCCACUGCGAAGCAGGGCAGCGGAUGAUCGCGCGCGUCAAGGCGCCCUCCGCGCUGACCGGUGCCCCUGCCGCGGCGCCGGGGAUGCCGCCCUCCGUCGGUGGCAGCAUCGGCGGCGGCGCGUCCAGCCCGGUGUCAUCACCCGGCGGCGUCCCUCCCGGGUCCAGCUCCACUACCACUUCCACCCCGAGCCCGAGCUCGCUGCCCCAGGCCAGCGGCGCGUCUAGGUGUAUUCUUAGCGUUGUUUCCUCCAUUGUAGUAGGGCUUGUGGUUGUGGGUGUCGUCACUCUGUUCGUGUUGGUUUGAGCUUAGACGUCUGGUUUCUCGAUUGGUAGUUGA